GCGGGGCCUGCAGAUGACAGGCAGCCUGUUGCUCCUGAAGAUGAUCUGUUCGGAGGAGCUCCGCUGACUCUCAGGUGAUCUGAAGAGCUGAAGUUAGGGUCUGAGGCCGGAGGCUGUAGUUUGAAACAGAGUUACCUAGUAAAAAACAUCUUUGAAGCGGGCCAGAGGCCAUGGCUUCAGAGACCAAUUGGCUGGAUAAUAAACGGACCUUCUUCUUUACGGCCGGUCCGGGAGGACGUUGAGGUGAAGACGUCGCGGAGGUGUGUCUCCUAAGGCCCUGUCUCACAGCAGAUCGGUGACCAUGGGGUCUCUGCGGAGGCCCAGGGCUCGCUUCAUGAGCUCCCCGGUGCUCUCGGACCUGGCCCGCUUCCAGAACGGAUCCUCAGCUCUGCAGCUGUCCAACACCAGCGUGUGGAACAGUGUCCAGACGGCUGUCAUGAGGGUGUUCCAGGGAGGAGGGCUGCAGGCCAACGAGCUCUACACGCUCAACGAGAGCAUCAGGUGGCUUUUGAAGACCGAACUGGGCUCCUUUAUCACAGACUUCCUGCAGAACCAGCUGCUGACCAAGGGUCUUGAGCGCCUCCUGGAGAAGAUCCAGUUCUAUGAUGGUAACAACCAGCUGACGAUGCUGUCUGAGAUAUGGGUUCGAUUCUUUACGGAGACACUGCCGACCCUACAGGCUAUAUUCUACCCUGUCCAGGGACAGGAGCUGACCAUCAGACAGAUGUGUCUGCUGGCGUUCAGAGACCAGGUUCUGCUGCAGCUCGCCCUGGAGGAGACGCUGGGUGCUGCGGCCGGCGUCCCCCCGCCCCUCACACAGAUGCUGCUGGUGCUGCAGGGGGUCCAGGAUCCCAGUGGUCUGGGUCCGCAGUAUCUACAGCUGGAGCGUUUGGUGGAGAUGGGUGUGUCCCCGUAUCUCGGCAACGUCCUGCGCCAUGGCAACCAGCAGCAGCCAGACGAGGGCGUCGGGGAGCGCCCCCCCCAGGCGGGGUCCCAGGGGUCCAAGGGGGCGGAGCCGCCCUUCGCCCGGCCCGACUCCGACUCCUUGCCCCCCCUGAUGGAACAGGAGGGCGAGGCCUACCUGGAGAGGGCGGGGGGUCAGCGGCGCCACACGGUGGCCAACGCCCACUCAGACCUCCAGCUGCUGACCGCCUCUAGCAGGAUGCAUGCUGGGGGGGGAGGGGCCCGAGAGAAUCUCCGGCCAAUCGCACGGCACACAGGCUCUGAGGGCGGGGCUGAGCACGGAUUUGGGGGCAGGGUAAAGCCUGCUGGUCAUCUGAGGUCAGCAGAGAUGUGUUGCUCAAGAGAACGUGUGGCAGCUGGCGAGGAACCCUGACUCUGUGGGGACUGACGGUAUAGAUCACUGUACAUGACCGAAUACACAUGAGCAUAUGUAAAUAAGGUAAUGUACAUGAUCAUAUACACAUUACAAUAUGUGCAAUAACAUAUAUACGUUACCAUAUGUACAUUACAAUAUGGUAAUGUUCAUUCACAUGUGUACAGUACAUAUAAACAAUACAAUAUAUACAUUACCAUAUGGUCACGUACAUAUGGUAAUGUUCAUUACCAUAUGUACAUUACAAUCCACCAUCUACCUUCUGUUGGACACUAGUCGAACGUGAUGAUCCACAUGUUGUACUUUUAUAAAGGAGACUUUUACCACUUAAUCUCCAGA